GAUAAACAAAAAGAACAAGUUAUCUUACUUAAUUGUGAUCACUUUGUUGAUCUGUUUUCGCCGUCCAUCGACAAUGUAUCGGUCAACGAAGGGAGCAUCGAAGGCGCGUAGGGAUCAAAUCAAUGCGGAGAUUCGCAACCUGAAGGAUCUUCUCCCUAUCACCGAUACAGACAAAGCUAGGCUGUCCUAUCUACACAUCAUGUCGCUUGCUUGCAUGUACACCAGAAAGUCGUUAUUCUUCUCCCAAGACACUUCAUGCGACCAGAUCAGCGGUUUCAUGUCGUUCCACGAGCUGUCAGAGCUAGUCCACGAGCUGGCUGGGUUCAUGGUGGUCGUGACAGGAGAAGGAAAGCUUCUGUUUUUAUCUGAAAACGUCGUAGACCACCUCGGUCUCUGUGUGGUGGACCUGGUUGCUCAGAGUGACAGUGUGUAUGAUAUCAUUGAUCCCAGUGACCACUUUGUCAUGAGAAGCAGCCUUGCACCAGCUGUCACUGGCGAUGAAGACCGACUGUUCCGAUGUCACUUCAACACCUCCAAGUUAAUCCGGAGGCAGGGUUCAGGGAACAAGACCAUGCUGGUCAGGGCUCGCUGCCUGCCCCCCCCCGGCCCUGGCUCCUCCCACUGCAACUCCACCCCUGUGUGGGUGUGCUUCUGCACACCCCUGAGGCUCAAACCCAGCGCCCACACUGCCCUGGGGGGCCCCCCUCUGACCCCCCCGCCGGAGCAAUCCUUCCUUCUGGCCUCGUUCCACUCUCAGCACCUCCGGGACAUGACGGUCUGGGAUGCCCAGGACAGUGUGACGGUGUACCUGGGAUAUGAUGUGGAAGCUCUUCGCUCGCGCUCCUGGUACAGCCUUCUCCAUCCCAGAGAUCUCGCCCAUGCCUCCACACAGCACUGUGCCCUGUUGAGUGAGGGUGGGGACAAGCAGGUGGAGAUGGUGGUGCAGGUGGAGACAGCUGACCACUCCUGGGUUUGGCUCUACAUGGUCCUCCAGAUGGGGGGUGGGGAGCACCCCAUCACCUGCAACAACUACGUCAUCGGUGAGUCAGAGGCGUGGUCCUUGCGCCAGCAGCUGAGUUUGGAACAGCAGAGUCACAGUUCUGGUUAUUACAGUUCUGGUGACUGCAUGCACCGGCACUCGUCUCUGUCCAGCCCAGACCAGGUGUUCACUCCCAGCAGCGCUGGCUUGUCUGCCCAGUCCUUCGACUUCACCACAGCGCCGUCUGGUUCGAGCUUCUCUGACGAGGCCAUGCAGCCAGCUGACCAGCAUCCCCGCUCCAGCCUGUCAUCUCUGGAGGGAGAGAGCUUGACACGUGGACGACAGCAGUGGAACAUUGAGAAAUCAGGGCCGGCGCCCAUCUCUCCUCCUGCUUCCCUGAAUGAAUCAGACUUUCUGAACCAAAGAGUUCCCUCUCACUCGGUCGGCCUGUCAGAGCCAGUGUCCCUCUCCGAAGAAUACCACAGGAAGGUGACCUCUGAUGGUUUUAGAGAGGGUGAGUGCGACACCAUGAACGUUUCAGAGAUUCAGGGGUCCCUGUAUGUGGACGUCCCCCAGGAAACCAUGAAUGGUCCCCCCAAUGGGCUCCUGACCCCUGAGAACUCCCCCGCUCUGUCUCUCCCUCCACUUCCUCCUCCCCCUGUUCUCCGCAAACCCCCAUGA